GCGCUAUAGUACAAACAAAACAAAAGCCCCAUCAGCCCAGCGAAAGACAACUCUUGAUUUCUUAGGUCAAGCUCUUGACCCGAUGAGAAUGUGUCACUAAGAAAUCUGAAAGAUUUCGAUUGAAGUAUUUUGGAAGCGGUCAAGGGUUGAUUUUUCACCACGCUUUCCUUCGUGCAGGAGUGGAAAUGCUCCUUUCGUUCCUAAAUGGCAGAAUUUUAAACGUGGAAUGUUAAACCCCCCCAUUCUUUUCGUUGGUUCACCCACCGUGCGAAUUUGCUUCUCUGUACCAAUCGCAUCGAGGCCUCCACAUAAGUUUAAACAUAUCAUGGAAGUAGAAAGGUUGCCACAAACAACCUCUUCAUUGCUGAACCAGUGUAACACGGGCCUUUACAAGGAUGUUGCCAUGGUUGGAGCUGUAGGGAGAUGCUGAAUGUACUGGGGCUAUAUUCCCUAGAGUGCCUGAGACUGACGGAGGGGUGAUCUUACGGAAGUUUAUGAAGACCUGAAGGGCAUAGCCACAGCCUUUUAUCCAGGUUAGCGGAGUCCAAAACUAGACCGUAUAGGUUUAAGCUUUAGAGAAGGUCACCUACAUUUAACAGCACAGAAUGGCAGAAAACGAUGUUGACAAUGAGCUCUUGGAUUACGAGGAUGACGAGGUUGAGAACCAAGCAGCCGGUGAUGCCUCGGAGGCGCCGCUGAAGAAGGAUGUGAAGGGCUCGUAUGUGUCUAUACACAGUUCUGGGUUCCGAGACUUCCUGCUGAAACCAGAGUUACUGCGCGCCAUUGUCGACUGUGGUUUUGAGCACCCCUCUGAAGUACAACAUGAGUGCAUUCCCCAAGCAAUUCUGGGCAUGGAUGUCUUGUGCCAGGCUAAGUCUGGCAUGGGAAAAACAGCAGUGUUUGUCUUGGCUACUCUUCAACAACUGGAACCCGUCACUGGACAAAUUUCAGUCCUGGUGAUGUGCCACACUCGAGAACUGGCAUUCCAAAUCAGCAAGGAAUACGAACGGUUCUCCAAAUACAUGCCAAGCGUGAAGGUUGCAGUGUUUUUCGGUGGGCUCUCCAUUAAGAAGGAUGAGGAGUUGUUGAAGAAAAAUUGCCCACACAUUGUGGUGGGCACCCCUGGCAGGAUCCUGGCACUGGCUCGCAACAAGUCUCUGAACCUCAAACACAUCAAGCACUUCAUCCUGGACGAGUGUGACAAGAUGCUCGAGCAGCUUGAUAUGCGUCGAGACGUCCAGGAGAUCUUUCGCAUGACCCCUCAUGAGAAACAGGUCAUGAUGUUUAGUGCCACCUUAAGCAAGGAGAUCCGCCCCGUCUGUCGCAAGUUCAUGCAAGACCCGAUGGAGAUCUUUGUGGAUGACGAAACUAAGCUGACCCUGCACGGGCUGCAGCAGUACUAUGUGAAGCUGAAAGACAACGAGAAGAACCGCAAGCUUUUCGACCUGCUGGAUGUUCUGGAAUUCAACCAGGUGGUUAUUUUUGUGAAAUCAGUGCAGAGGUGCAUCGCCUUGGCACAGCUCCUAGUUGAGCAGAACUUCCCUGCCAUAGCCAUUCACCGGGGCAUGCCUCAGGAGGAGAGAUUAUCUCGAUACCAGCAGUUCAAGGAUUUCCAGCGGCGGAUACUAGUCGCCACCAAUUUAUUUGGCCGUGGGAUGGACAUUGAGCGGGUCAACAUUGUAUUUAACUAUGAUAUGCCAGAGGAUUCUGACACCUACUUACACAGGGUGGCCAGAGCUGGCCGUUUCGGUACCAAGGGACUGGCAAUCACGUUCGUGUCGGAUGAGAAUGACGCCAAGAUCCUCAAUGAUGUGCAGGACAGGUUUGAAGUGAACAUCAGCGAGCUGCCUGACGAGAUUGACAUUUCUUCAUACAUUGAACAGAGCAGAUAGACCAGGAACCACAAGUCCAGCUUUUAUUGCCAUCAGUUGUUAACAGCCCUAUGUCUGACUGUGCGAUUUGCACCAUUUCUCAUUGAUGCACAUUCAUUGGCAUUGACAGUGCAAGUGGCUGUAUGUAAAUACUGCGCAUUUAGCCGCACUUGAGAGCAAGUGACAUUAUUCCGUUACAUAGAAAAUUUUUAGAGUUAUUUUCCUCUUUUUCCUUUAUCUUUGGUAAACAUUGUUUUGCAUGGAAAUUAUGAUUGUUCCUAUUACACUAUGUCACAUCAAAUGGUACAGUGUAUUUGAGUAGAGAAUAUGUUCCAGUGAUAAUUAAAAGAAAACACAAACUCCUUGAUAGUAGGAGCCAA